UUAUUACUAUAUAUUAUAUAUUAUCGCAAAUGGACUUUAGUCCGUCCGCAGUAGAAUCAAAUGACCACACAAAAGACGUUGAACAAGAAGAGACAAAUCAUGUUGAAAGUGACAAUCAUGAGGAAAAUGAUCAAAUAGGAGGUGAGGAGGAGAGUCCUGUCGUGUUUGUGCAUUCCGACAGUGGAGAGGUGCGCAUACACCUGGGAGGUUCCCAUAUCACGGCUACAGACACUGAAACUGCUCCAAAAGAAUCGAAAAAUGUCAAAUUCCAUGAAGAGUUGGAGCAAAUUCAGGGUAUUGAUGCAGAUUUAAGUACUAUCACUAUUUUGGCGCCAGAAACCUCUACAAGUACGGGGGAGCCUUCAUUAUUAUUACCGCGUAGACUAUGGAGCGCUGAUGAUGUAACACUUAAAAUUCAAAAGCCUUUGCAACUAGAAAAAGUGAAGCUGCAACAGAAGUGCACGCAGCUAGAAUUGAAGCAAAUUGAAGAAGAAAAUGGAGCAAUAGCGAAACGUUUUGAGAAAAUUAUGGAAAUGUUUGAUACUUUCACAAAAAAUUUAGAAUCCCUUGAACCAACACAGGCCACGGUAGUGGCUUCUCCCCGCCGAAAGUAUCGCCAUGAUGGCCGUGAAAAAAUUGAUAAAAAAGAUGUACACCCGAAAGUCCAUAUAAGCCGUUAUGCUGACUUUCAUUCGCAAUUAGAAAAAAAGCUGAGCGUGAUUAAGUUAAAUGAAGAAGCACAAAGCACUGGUACGCAAUGGCAUAAACAUAGAUUUUACUACUAUUUUAAGUCUGUAUUUCCGAUAGCUUCCUUUGGCAAGCAAACCGCUAUCGUCGAUCUAACGCCAAAUUACAAAGAUGUAGCCGUAGCUACAAGCAAUUGUAAUAUAUGUACAGCAGCUAGCGCAGUUCCAAUUUCUUGUCAAACAUCAUUUCAUGAGAAUAUUAGCACAUCUCUGGGCUUAUCAUCUUUGAACCCUUCUGCCAGUACAAGCAAAUCGGGAUUGCAAAAUUCUUUGAACAAUUUUACCAAUGCUGAUGCAGCGCUUUUAAUCAAUUCGCAAGCGCAUCUCAUAAAAUGCGACUUGCACCGAGUGGAUGAAAAUGGAUCGAAAGAGAAGCUCAUUAAAGUUGAGGGAUCGCUUAUUACACCCGGUUUGGAACCAGUCAUGGUCGAACAACCUUGUUCUCAACAAUUCCACACAAUACAUAUUGAGGCUGCUUCAUCGCCGCCCUCCAGCGAUUUGCGGCGUGCACCGUUAUGCAGUCGCAUUUGGAAUUCAAUUUGUGAUUUUUGCGCUGCUAUCUGCAUGUGCUUGCAGGUUAAUAGGGAUUGUAUUUUCUGUUUGGGUUUCUUUGCAGCAUUUGUUGUUAGCGCUUCUUUUUUGACAGCUUUCUUUUAUCGCACUCUCAGCGUGACUUCACCAAUGCAGCCAACACCUCCUCAGCGACACAUCAAUCAAAAUUCGCAGCCUUUGAAGUCGUUUAUUAACGGUCAGUAUUUAAGCGAGUGGCAUUCUAUGUGAGUUUCCGAAAAUAACCCGUACGGCAAGGGGAAAAAUUCAUAUUUAUAUAACCAUGUCAAUGAAUAAAAUCAUCUAUUCGCACAUAUAUAUGUGUAUAGAUUAACUUUUACUGUCUCGUUGUGCGAAACCAACCUCGAAAAAGAACAAAAAAAUGUUUACGAAAUUCUUGAACUUUUGGGAAAUCAAAAGCACAUUUGAAACCCCAAAUACUUCCUUACGUCAAUGCGUAAUGGGGGGCAGCGAAUCAUGAGGAAUUGGAUAUGGUGUCUCCGUUGUACUUUAUGAGUUACAACCAAGAGACAAGCAAGCAAACGAUGUUCUUAUUGCGCAUAUGAUUGGUCGCAUGCGUUUGGGCCCUAAAGGCGUAUUUUUUUGGUAUUUACAAGCUCUUCUGCAAAUCUGCAGACGAUGUCUUCAUUUUUGCGGCCAGGGAAAUAUUUACAACAGACAUUAUACAGUUGGGUCGACGGAGAGAUGGACAACGAACAGACCAGCUUAAAUCGAUUCAAGAUAAUCAAGAAUAAAUAUAGUUUGUGGGAUCUCUGCAAGUUGCUUCGUGGUGUUACAAACGAAUUGACAAAAUGAAUAAUAUUUGAUUCAAUGCUAUUACGCACAAUGUAAGCUAAAAAGUUUAAAAUCAUUACGAUUUAAAGCAAUAUCCCCAUUUAAAA